UCCUCCUCCUCCUCCUCUUCCUCCUCGCCCCUCAUUGUGUUCUGAUCCUCUUUAUUGUGGGAAGUUGAGUCUCCGCCGCUGGGUUGCCCGCUCCCUACUUCCUCCUCCUCUCCCUCCCUGCCAUGUCCAACGACAGCGGCGUCCUCCACGUCUGGGAGGCCUCCGAUUGGGCAGACACCUCUCAGUGCCCUCCCUCAGUAGGCGGGGCAACAUUCCUCAUCGUGGCGUACAGCGCUGUCAUUGCCAUCGGGUUGCUAGGCAACGCAGGUCUGGUGUUCAUCAUUGCCCGGCAACAGGAGUUGCGCAACGUCACCAACAUCCUGAUUGCCAACCUGUCGUGCUCCGACAUCCUUAUGUGCAUCGUGUGCCUGCCCGUUACCGUCAUCUACACGCUGAUGGAUCGUUGGGUGCUGGGGGAGGCCCUGUGCAAGGUCAGUGCGCCGCGCACGCUCACCGCUGCUGGGACAACAGCACUCACCAGUGUGCAAUCAUCACUUUUUCCUUCAAAAACAAUAAAGAGACAACAGUGAGAAGCUGUCUGCAGGGCUGUAGGUUGGACACCAGCCUCAUUACAUGAGAUCUUCAACUUCCUAAAUCAGUGCUUCUAAAAGUUAAAUAAGUGUUUCCGUUUUCAUUAUCCAUGUCUGUCUUGUUUAAGGGAUCAUUUGAUCUGUAUGGAGCUGUGGCCGUCAGACAAGCAUCGCCUAGCCUACACGACCUCGCUGCUUAUCUUCCAGUACUGCCUGCCCCUUCUGCUGGUGCUCCUCUGCUACCUCCGGAUCUUUCUACGCCUGAGACGUCGCAGGGACAUGCUGGAGCGCAGCAGGAGGACUCGAGGAGCCCAGAGGAUAAACGUCAUGCUGCUGGCCAUCGUCAUAGCCUUUGCUCUGUGCUGGCUGCCACUGAAUGUCUUCAACACUCUGUUUGAUUGGCACCACCAGGCCCUCCCAGACUGUCAGCACGACACAGUCUUCUCUGCCUGCCACCUGACGGCGAUGGCCUCUACCUGCAUUAACCCCAUCGUUUACGGCUUCCUCAACAGCAACUUCCAGAGGGAGCUGAAGUUGACACUGCAACGCUGCCAGUGCGGCAACCGGGCUACAGAGAGCUACGAGAGCUUCCCUCUAUCCACCGUGGGCAGUGAGGGCAUGACCAAAGCAACGUCACUCAACAGGAUGGGCUCGAUGUGCAUCCCCUCACCUAGACCUGAGAUCGGUUCAGCAAUACUCGCCAAGACAUUACCAGCUGCCACCUAAAAUCAAGGACUAUGAGAACUGUCUUCUGACAGGUGGUUCAUCAGCGGUUCACAGCUGGAGGCAGUGUGCUAACAGCUGUCUGGGAUGACUGCGUAAGUCAAAUGCUGCUUCAUCUUGGCUUGGGUUCCAUCACUUCACUGCCAGAGAUAAAUAGCUGAUUUGACCUGUCACCAAAUGUUUGGUGGCAAGAAUGAAUGAAGAGGCUGAACGAUGCUGCUUUGAGUCCCGAACACGAGCAGGAAUCCUUCUUUAGAGUAACUCUGCUGAGUGACAGAAGAGAGAGGAGGCAGGAGAGCUGGUAGCAGGGACUUUUCAGUAGGACACGCCCCUUAGUUACUAUAACUAGGGCUAUUAGUUUUAGCUUUUCUCGAAUGUUGUUUGAGUGCUGCAACCAGCCAUUCUACAGCAUUUCAAAAUGGCAACAUUCUAAUGACAUUCUAGUGUCAUAGACACAGUGGUGGGUUCUGUUGGUCAGUCUGUUGGUUGGACAGUCUGUCCACCAACAGACUGACCGACAGAACAA